GUUGAUUGAGUGCAAGGUAGAUUUAGUGGAGCUGGGUUUAGUGGAGGUUUGAUUUAGUGAAGGUUGAUUUAGCGGAGGAGACGCAAAUCAUCUCCAACUUGAUGUCCAAAGGGACCUCCUCAUGAACCUGGAAGCUUCACCGUUGUUUACUUUGGGAAAAAGCUUCCAGGUACCCGUCGCACCCAGAAAAGGCGACAGCUGAAUGCAUCCAUCCUCCAACACCAACCUCGUGUUUACAUCCCUAUUGUUGAACAUUGCAUCGAAUACACAUCACCAUGAAGGCUUCGUUACUCGCGCUUCUGCUCCCCGCAGUCAGCGCCCGCAACGUCAACCUCGCUGGCGAUACACAGCGGCCCAUGACCCAUGAAGAGGCCGCCGCUGCAACUUAUCACAUCGAGAUCUCCCCUGGCAACACACGAUGGGUGACAGAAGACGAGAAAUGGGCCCUGCGCCGUAAAGGUAUUAACUUUUUCGAUAUUACCGAUCACCCUGACCUCGGCGCCACCAUCAACACCCUCGUCGGACCACCCAAGAAAAAGGCUGUCUUCCCAAAGAAGCCCACAUACCAAGACGCGGUGAAACCAUUGUUCACCAACCUCUCCAAAUCCCACCUCGAAGAGAACUUGGAAAAGUUCACAUCGUUCCACACCCGAUACUACAAGUCAGAUUGGGGCCGCCAAUCGAGCGAGUGGCUGCUUGGGAAAGUUCAAGAGACGAUCAAGGAGGCCGGCGCUGAGAAGUAUGUGACGGCGAAGCACUUCAAACACCCGUGGGGCCAGAACAGCAUCAUUGCCACCAUUCCUGGCAAGACCAACCAGACAGUUGUUAUCGGAGCCCACCAGGAUUCCAUCAACCUCUUCCUCCCCAGUAUCCUGGCGGCUCCCGGGGCGGAUGAUGAUGGAAGCGGCACCGUGACUAUUCUUGAGGCCCUUCGGGUCAUCCUCCAGUCCAAAGACAUCGUCAAGGGCAAGCACCCCAACACGCUCGAGUUCCAUUGGUACAGCGCCGAGGAGGGCGGUCUGCUCGGCAGCCAGGCCAUCUUUUCUGCUUACGAAAAGGAGCGCCGCGAUGUCAAGGCCAUGCUUCAGCAGGACAUGACUGGUUUCAUCACUAGGACUAUCCAAGCGGGCUUGCCUGAGAGUGUGGGCGUUAUUGUCGACUUUGUUGACCCCAAACUUACUGAAUUUAUCAAGAAGAUUAUCACCGAGUACUGUGACAUUCCAUUUGUUGAGACCAAGUGCGGUUAUGCUUGCUCGGACCACGCUUCUGCCUCCAAGGCUGGGUACCCGUCUGCCUUUGUUAUUGAGUCGGCAUUUGAGUACUCAGACAAUCACAUCCACACUACUGAUGAUCUGAUUAAGUACUUGUCAUUCGACCACAUGAUUCAGCACGCAAAGCUCACGCUGGCGUUUGCGUACGAGUUGGCGUUUGCCGACUUUCCUGCUCUUGAGAAGGGCAAAUAA